AUUCUAUAAAUAGUACAUGACAAUCGAUCCAGUAAUAAUUGUUUGUACCGAUCACAUGAAACAGAAUCAUUUUAUCAAAAACACUGUUUUAGAAAAGUCGACAUUCAUACCUUUUUACAAUGAAUGUAUUUAGGAAACCAAAUGAAAAAGAAAUUAUGAGAAAGAAUGAUAAAGAAUUAAGGAAAACACAAAGAGACCUAGAGAGAGACAGAGGGAAACUUGAAAGGGAAGAAAAGAAACUAGAAAUGGAAAUAAAAAAGGCAGCCAAGAGAGGAGACAAACAGACAUGUACAAUUUUGGCAAAGCAACUAGUAAAUAUGAGAAAAACAAAAACAAGGUCUUAUGGAGCUUCAGCUAAAGUUACAGCAGUAAAAACGCAGGCCAAGACGAUGCAGUCUACUAAAGCAAUGGCUACAGCAAUGGGAAAUACAACCAAGGCAAUGGGCGCUAUGAAUAAACAGAUGUCGCCGCAACAAAUUGCCCAGACUAUGCAGAACUUUGAGAGGGAGUCGGCCAAAAUGGCCAUGACAGAAGAAAUAAUGGAUGAUACACUAGAAGAUCUUCUCACUGAGUCAGGGGACGAGGAGGAGCAGGAGGCCAUUGUAACUCAAGUAUUGGAUGAAAUUGGUAUUGAGGUUUCUGGCAAGUUGUCAGAGGCUCCAUCAGCUCACAAAGGCUCACUGGCUGAAAGCAACGCUGCAAAAGAUGCUGAACUAGAGGCCAAGUUAGCAAAUUUAUUAAAAGAUGAUUAAUUGUUGUAUAGCUGACUACUAUAGUCAUUUUAAUGUGGACUGCUCUCUAGAAGAAUAAAGGCCUGUCCAUACUAUCAAAUUUUAUUUGACAAAAGCAUGUGACAUGCCUAAAUAUAGCCAUGAUGACAUCAUGUCAUGACUAUAUAUAGGCACAUCAUGACUAUAUAUGGGCAUACAAUAGUUUUAUGU